CCUGCCGCCGCACGAGGGCGCUCGCCUGGUCCGCGAGGCCCGCGGCGGCGGAGCGGGAGCGGCAGGGCGCGGGCGAGGCGGCGGCCGGGGACGCGGCGGUCGAGGCUGAGGCCGAGAUCAUCCAGCUGCUGAAGCGAGCCAAGUUGUGCAUCAUGAAGGAUGAGCCAGAAGAGGCAGAGCUACUUCUGCAUGGUGCCCUUCGCCUUGCCCACGAGAGCGGUAACAAGGAGGCCAUCACUUAUACUUACGAUUUGAUGGCCAACUUAGCGUUUAUACGGGGUCAGCUUGAAAAUGCAGAAAAACUUUUUAAAGCAACAAUGAGUUACCUGCUCGGAGGGGGCAUGCAGCAGGAAGACAAUGCAAUAAUAGAGAUCUCGUUAAAGCUGGCCACAAUUUAUGCUGCUCAGAAUAGACAGGAACUGGCUCUUGCCGGCUACGAAUUCUGCAUUUCAACUCUGGAGGGAAAAGUUGAAAGAGAAAAGGAAUUAUCAGAAGACACUUUGUCAGUGGAAGAGAAAGCCAACACCCACCUCCUCUUGGGCAUGUGCCUAGACACCUAUGCCCGCUACCUUCUGUUCUCCAAGCAGCCGGCAGAGGCACAAAAGGUGUAUGAAAAAGCUUUGCAGAUUGCUGAAGAAAUACUAGGAGAAAGACACCCACAGACCAUCGUGCUGCUGAGCGACCUGGCCACCGCCCUGGAUGCGCAGGGCCGCUCUGACGAGGCCUGUGUCCACGCGCAGAGGGCAGCCGACCUGGCGAGGCAGGUGGAGCACCCGGAGCUCCACGUGCUGCUCAGCAACCUGGCUGCGGUCCUGAUGCACAGAGAACGAUACACCCAAGCAGAAGAGAUUUACCAGGAAGCUCUGACGCGCGCGAAGCUGAAGAGAGACGAGGUGUCUGUGCAGCACAUCAGGGAGGAGCUGGCUCAGCUGUCAAGACAAAGGUCUGCUCUGUUGUAGCCGCACUCCAGGCCCUUCCUUGUAGGGACCUUCAAGUCAUACCUCUUAUUCCAGCCCCCGGGACGCCCUCCUCAGCAGCUCGAGUCCCCUCAGCUUAGCCUCGGUAGAGGACAGGCUGUGGACACUGCAUAUGCUUUGUGUAUAAACCUUUUGUUUUACAAAGAAAACUUCCCCCCGACCUGAUUUGCUUCUAAGGAUGGAUGUCAGUGGGUGCUUUCCGUUGUGACAGAUGGUCGGGUAGGUGCUGUCCGUGCUGGUCCCAGCAGAGCUCUAGACGAAGAGGGGCCAGUUCCCCCCUGGGACGGAUUUCAGCCAGGCACCUCCCCCUGAGAUGAUGGUCCCGACUCACUGCCUUACCUCAUUCUGUCUAUACCUGGCGGGCCAGAGCCACUGGGCCUCUAUCUCCUGAAGCCCAGGUGGGACUCAGUGCAGUGUCUUGGCAUGCCACCAGCCCGAAGUUCUUAAAGUGUGAAUUAGGCACUUGGAAGUAUAGUUUCCUUUUGAUUGUAAAUAAAAGUGAACUGUAUGUAUCUGGUUAUAUACAGCUGUGAAAAAUUGAGGGCAAAGAGUGAUGUCCUCCUGUGUCCCUGCUCUCUGAGCACUCACCCCUCUGUACCCGGUCACAGGGUAGUGUUGUCUGGGGACAGCCCGGCCCUCUGACUGGGGGCCUGUAGGUGUGUGAUGUGUCCCACUGGUGCCGUAGAAGCAUCCGGGUCCUGGACCCUAGCUCAGGCUUCUGGAGUUUGGGCCUUAGCACCCUCUCUUAGCAUCUGGCUGAUGACCUCACUAGGAUAGACCACGUGCUCAGAGCUCUAUCACACUGCCUCAGGGUAUGUAAAGUACGUACACACAGGGCACACCUUGACGUUUACACCCAGCAGUUUAGGCGGUUCUUCUGGGUACCAGGAAGGAGCUCUUGUUGCUGCUCUGCCGGUGGCGGUGGGAAGGAUAAACUGGUAUUUUUUGGUCCCUGUGUACAUACUGGAAGAAUCCUUUCAAAAUCAACUAGAGACUCUACAACAAUAUUGUAUGUAUUCCAUAAUCUUUGAGUUUCUCAUUAAAAUAAUUUACUAAAGAGUUAAUAAAAAUAAAAUACAGGGAUUAGAUUAAAACUGGAAACUAGAAUCUUAUGUUUUGCAGAUGUAAAUAUCUUCCUACUUUCCCACCCAGUAAAUUCCUUUAAUUACUCAAGUCUAACUCAGAGUGAUAAGCUAACUCAUUGCAACCAGUCAGUUUAUUAGCAAUUUAAAAAAACUGUCCACUACUCACCUUCUGUAUUGAGAACGUUUCUACCUUUUCACAGUUGCAGGAGUUACUGAAAGGGAGAUUUUUCCAUCCAGGUUUUACUGAGGAAUUUCUGACCCUCCUCAGUAAUGUGGCUCCUGGUCCUGGGACACCUGCAGGAGUUUCCAGAAAGAGCAUCUGCGUGUGGUGCUGUCACUACAGUUCACUGCACUGAGGUAGCAAAGCAAGGAGGAUGGGGCUGAGCACAGUGGUGAGCAGGAGCCACUGGAGCUUCAGGCUGCAGGCGGGAGCUAGGGUCACCCAGCACAGCCUGUGCGAGCACUACCAGUCUUUGUGUGGUGAACACUGGCUGUCACACUCGCGUGAACCUGAACUUCGUUCUGGGUACUUAAAAAGAAAACUCGUCAGGCCGUAGGUCUCAGCCCGCAGCGUCCCACCUUGGCUCCCAGCUGACUUGGCCCACGUGGUGUGCUCCCUCUGCAGGUGUGCGCUCCGUCCUGCCCUUGUUCUGAAGUAGGACACGUUGGGGGG